UUCGUGGCGCUGAAACUAAAAACUAAAUCCACAAGUGAAAGGAAAAAAAAAAGACAAGGAGAGAGAGAUCUCCCUCUCCCUCUCACACGCACAAACAGAUGGUCAUCUUGAGCAGGUCGUGGGUAGCCACCGUGAACCACCACCACCAUGCAAACCCCCACAGCUUCACCUCCUCUCCGACCAAACCCGUUUUCUUCCUUUCCCAAAAGCCUCACACUUCUCACGUCUGCUCCUCUCGAUGCUCUUUAGUUCUUGAAGAGGAUGAAAAGAAGUCACCCGGUCCGACGAAACAAGACAAGUGGCCAUUUUUCGAACCUGCCCCUGACGUCCUUAACCGGGUCUUAUCCAAGUUCCUCCAAGACCCUAAAACCAAGAAAGUUUCUUCAGAGUUCUACGACAAAGCCAAGGAGAACUCAGAGCUGAGGACGACCAAGCAUCUCAUCAACUACUUGGUGAGUUCCAAGAACUGGGACUUGCUCGUCUCGCUCUGUGAGGAUCUCAGGGAAUAUAAAGCUUUGCCUGAUGCUCACACGUCUACCCAACUCAUCAGAAGUUGCAUUAGACAGGGGAAGUUCAGGAUCACGCAUUGCUUGCUCAACGUGUUUAGAACAGACAAGUCGCUGGCCGUGUCUUCAUCUGACGCAGCGAUGAGAGGCUUUAACAAGUUACAGAUGUAUAGCAGCACGAUCCAAGUGUUUGAUAGGAUGAAACAAUCUGCGGGAGUUGAGCCUAGCCCUGGCUGUUACUGCAGGAUCAUGGAGGCUCACGAGAGGAUCGGUGACGUUCAAAAAGUGGUGGAGCUGUUUCGAGAGUUCAACAGCAAGAGGUUGAGUUUCUUGGCCAAGGAAUCAGGCUCUAUCUACACGGUCUUGUGCUCGUCCCUUGCUAGAUCAGGACGAGCACUCGAAGCUCUGGAGUUUCUGGAGGAGAUGAAAGAUAAAGGCAUCCCGCAGAGCAGCGCGUUGUACUCUACUCUGAUCCGUGCCUUGGCGGAAGCACGUGAGGUUGCAACGGUCGAGAAGCUGUUCAAAGAGGCGGGAGAGAAGAAGAUGCUGAAGGAUCCGGAGAUGUGUUUGAAGGUUGUGCUGAUGUACGUCAGGGAAGGGAACAUGGAGAGGACUCUAGAGGUCGUGGCCGAGAUGAGGAAGAGCGACUUGAAGGUCACGGACUGCAUUCUCUGCGCGGUCGUGAACGGAUUCUGUAAGCAGAGAGGCUUUGCGGAAGCGGUCGAGGCGUACGAGUGGGUCAUGAAGCAAGAAUGCGAGGCGGGGCAAGUGACUUACGCGAUAACGAUCAAUGCGUACUGUCGGCUGGAGGAGCACGACAAGGCUGAGAUGCUGUUCGAAGAGAUGGUGAAGAAAGGAUUCGACAGAUGCGUCGUGGCGUACUCGAACAUAAUGGAUAUGUACGGGAAGACGAGGAGGCUGAGCGACGCGGUGAAACUCAUGGCUAAGAUGAAACAGAGAGGAUGCAGACCAAACAUUUGGAUCUACAAUGCGUUGAUCGAUAUGCAUGGAAGAGCUAUGGACUUGAGGCGAGUGGAAAAGAUAUGGAAAGAGAUGAAGAGGAUGAAGGUGAUGCCGGAUAAGGUGAGUUACACGAGCAUGAUCAGUGCGUAUAACAGAGCGAAAGAGUUUGAGACGUGCGUGGAGCUUUACCAGGAGUUUAGGAUGAACAGAGGGAAGAUCGAUAGGGCCAUGGCGGGAAUCAUGGUCGGUGUGUUCUCCAAAACCAGCAGGAUUGAUGAGCUGAUGAGGCUGCUGCAGGACAUGAGAGUAGAAAAAACCAAGGUUGAUGCGAGGCUGUAUUCCUCGGCUUUGAACGCUCUACGUGAUGCCGGUCUUAACUCCCAGAUCAGAUGGUUGCAGGAAAGCUUUGACAUAGCACAAGAAACUAGUGCUUCAAGAUAUUCCAAUAUGAAGAAGAAAAGAAGUUUGCAGGGUUCUUGAGUUGAAAUGGAAACUGUACAAGUUCAUGAUUCUUUUGUAAACUAUAUCUUGCAAAUAGAUGAUUUCAAUCUAAA